AUGGCUUCCAAUGGGGCAUCUGUUCAAAAAAUUGCCGCUUCAAAGUCUGGCAUAGCCAGACCGUUCAAUUGGGCGGAUUAUAAGACAACCAAACCAACACGACCGGAGGACCCAUAUAGUUAUCUAUAUGGAUUUGGCAAUGAGCAUCAGUCCGAGCUAAUUCCUGAAGCUCUUCCUGUUGGCCAAAAUUCGCCUCAGAAAUGUCGAUACGGAUUGUAUGCAGAACAGGUGACUGGAUCAUCCUUCGCUGCUAGUCGUGCUACUAUGAGGAGAGCCUUUCUAUACCGUCGACGCCCUUCAGCAGUUCACGAGGCAUACAAAAAGGUUGCUGCAAAUCCAACCCUCAAGGCAAACUUCCUACCCACAGACAAGAGUCUUCAUACCGUGCCCUCGCAACUAUCGUGGAAAGCUUUCCAGAUUCCCUCCAUUGACGAUGGGCUUAUUGAUUUUACCCAAGGUCUCCAUACUCUCGGGGGAAGUGGUCAUCCAAAUCUUCGAGAGGGCAUUGCCUACCAUAUAUUUACAAUCAACAGUAGCAUGUCCUCCAAAGCCUUCGUCAACGUCGACGGAGACUUUCUCAUCGUGCCUCAGGACGGCCACCUGGAUAUCACCACCGAAUUUGGUCAUUUGUAUCUUCAACCCUCAGAAAUUUGCGUUAUACACCGUGGCAUUCGAUUCAAAGUAGAUAUCGUCCAAGAGAAUUCGCCUGCCGGUGCGAGGGGAUAUGUUAUUGAGACUUGGGGUGCGGCAUGGGAGCUCCCUGAGCUUGGGCCUCUCGGGGGGUACGGCCUUGCGAAUUCGCGAGACUUCCUGUUUCCAACAGCGGACAUUGAUACCACCACGGGCCCCUGGACCGUUAUUACCAAGAAGUUAGAUGAAUAUUAUGCCUGUAGCCAGAGCCACUCACCUUUUGAUGUCGUGGCCUGGCAUGGUAACUAUAUUCCCUACAAGUACGACUUGACUAAAUUCGUUGCUCACAAUACUGUAACCGUCGACCAUACUGAUCCUUCGAUUAACACGGUCUUGACAGCAAAAUCACGCGACCCUGAUGCUCCUCUGUGUGACUUUCUUGUCUUUGGUCCCCGAUGGGAUGUCGCACAAAAUACUUUUCGACCACCAUACUUUCACAGGAACUGCGCGUCGGAGUUCCUAGCCAAAAUAUACGGACAACCAGGAGGCGGGAGGUCAGAAAUAUUCGUUCCUGGUGGAGCGAGCUACGAAUCUGGGUUUACACCUCAUGGGAACGCAGAUGCAAGAACAAUGGCCGCUGCCAACAUGGAACUAAAGCCAAUGCGAGUAGCAGAGGGUCAACUGACUAUUAUGCUCGAAAGUUGUCGCAGUUUGCUUUUCACAGAUUGGGCUCUUGAAGGUUCCGGGGUAAUACUAGCACAGGAUAUUCCCGCUGAUGCGUGGGACCUUGUCCCGGACCGUUUUGGAGAGGACAAGGAGGCGUUGGAGAAGUUGAAGGCCCUGGGAAAAGUUGGAGCAGGCAUUUUCUUGGGAGGAAAUGCUACACGCAUCCUCUGUGACUGGGGCCUUCGAGAGAAGCUAGAAGAAUCCACGCUAGAGUUGGAUCGUACUCGAUACCUAAACAUGCAAGGGGAUGAGGUGAACUGCACCGACUACUCUGACCUAAGACAACAAGUUGGAUAUCCAUUCUGGUUGUUGCAUCGCGCAGACCUCCAUGGAGCUCUCCUCGAAAAAGCACAAGGACUGGGCAUCGAAUUGAUUAUGGGUGUGUCAGUAAAGAAUUAUGACUGGAACAAGCCAGCUGUACUCUUGGAUGAUGGGGACAUAAUGCCUGCAGAUGUUAUUGUGGCCGCUGAUGGGUAUAGGUCCUCCGCCCGGCGAAAUAUGCUUGGAAAUCUCUCAAAACCACGAUUUAGCGGGAACUCAGCAUUUAGAGCUCUGAUCCCUUGCGCGGAACUUGCACAAUUACCUCAGCUUAGUAAAUUCAUCAGAAUUGAGGAAAGAACUUCCUUUGUUUGGGUUGGCCCGGGGGCACAUAUCGUGGGAUACCCUAUAAGGAAAGGGGAGUAUUUCAAUAUCGUUCUUACACAAAAGGCCGUACAAUUUGCGUUGGAUGAUGACAAAUAUGUCGUAAAUGCGGACCCGGUCGGAAUUAUCGAUUUAUACAAAGAUUGGGACCCGAACUUGGUCAAGAUUCUAAGGCAUCUCCCACCACAAAAUGUUCUCGAAUGGAAACUAUGUGAUUUGGAUCCACUUGAAACUUGGGUGUUCCCCGGUGAAAAACUAUGUCUGAUGGGUGAUGCCUGUCACGCUAUGCUACCAUCAGCAGCCCAAGGCGCAGCUAUGGGUAUUGAGGACGGGGUUGUAUUUGCUGAGCUGUUGGCUAAAGCACAAAGUCUGUCUGAUAUCGGUCCUCAGUUAAGAGUGUACCAUCAGCUUCGAGCGGGUAGAGUUCGGGACAUUCUUGAACAGGCACGCGCAGACUCCCAGAAGUGGCAUGCAGAAAAACCGAACCCUGGAGUAUCAACUCUUUGGUCCUGGAAAUAUGAUGCCAAAGAAGCCGCAAGGAAAUUUCCAGGUGUUUAA